UCCGCCGGAGCCUGCGCGACGCUCGCCGUAGUCGCGAUCUUGCUGUUUUUGUUAUGAAAACGAUCAGCUGUGAGAGUCCCGAGGAUUUUCGUCGUACCGGCCGUCCGUCCGCGGCGAGGCGAGUCUCGUCGGCGCGCAACGAGAAACGGUAACGUUCCUCUUCCAGUGCGGAUGUCGAGCGUCGGGACGCCGAGCGCACCGACGACGACGACGACGAUCCGCGUCUACGUUCGCGACGUCCGCGAGCCGCGCGCAUCGCUCCGCCGACGCGGUCGUGCGGCGGUUUGAAACGAUCGCGCGGCCAUCCCCGCGAGCGAUCGACUCGCCUUCGAGGGAGGUCCCCUCCCCCUCCCCAACGGAGUGGUACGCUCCCGGCGGGUUUCGCGCGGCCGUCUCCGACGGCACCGAUUCCCCCUCACGGCGCCCCGUCGUGGGAAUGGUAACGUCAACGUCGACACACAGAUGAUAACCGUGUGCACGCUCGUCCUGCGUCAAGUCCCACGAAAAUGGCCUGCUCGGAAAUUGACGACUUCUUGGCGGGGCCGCUGGUCACCUGGUUCGCCAGCUGUUUGGAGGAUCCCAAUGUACUGGCGAACUAUGAGGACCUGGUGGACGGUGCCUUGUUGCACAGUGUCUUCCUGCAAAUCAAUCCAGAACCUCUGCACGACGAGGUGGUGCCGUCCAGCAACAAUCCCGUUAUCCGUACGAAAAACCUGAGGACCGUGAUACAGAAUAUGAAGCAAUUUUACGAGGAGGAACUGGAUCAUGUGAUUUUAAAAUUGCCCGACGUUGUAAAUCUGGGAAAGGAGCCGGAGUUGUAUAUAGCGGACAUGAAGCUAUUGCUGUUGCUGCUUCUCGGCUGCGCUGUCCAGUGCCCGAACAAGGAGAACUUUAUUACCAAGAUAAAGACUCUGCACGUCGACAUGCAGCUUGGGAUUGUAGAGUGCAUUAAACAGGUUACGGAUCACCAAGACAUCGUCAUUACGCAAGACGCUAUGGAGAAUGCGAAUAUGGGUUGCCUGUUUGUUCAAAUAAAGAAAUGGAUCCAAGAAUUGGAUUUGUAUCGAGAGAAGUGGAGGGACACAGUGCUGGACGAAAGCAUUGAACGAAACGAUUCGUCUAUCAGUGCGGAAUCUGAAGAUAUAAGUAAGGUGCAACAGUCUCAUCCUGUCGCUAAAACGGAGAGAGAGGAUAAUCAUCAUUAUGCGGUCGAAUUGGCUGACUGGAAAUCCAAAGUCCGGAAACAGCGUCAAGAAUUAGAGGAAAAAACGGAAGCUCUACUGGAAUGUAAGGAAGAGUUGGAGCAUAAUAAGACGUUGCUUGUAAAACUAAGGCAAGAGAAUCAAGAGUUGAUGCACGAAGCUCGUACUGCUAAAUCGUACAGGGAUGAAUUGGACGCUGUGAUUGAAAGGGCGGACAGAGCAGACCGUUUAGAAAUAGAGGUAACGCGUUACAGGGAAAAACUCACGGACAUCGAAUUUUAUAAAACUCGGAUAGAAGAGUUACGCGAAGAUAACAGAGUUUUAAUGGAGACCAGAGAAAUGCUCGAAGAACAAUUGAGUUCGUCAAGAAACAGAGCAGACAAAGUGUUGGAACUUGAAUCUGAAAUCAUCAAGUAUAAGCAGUUACUUAACGAUAUGGCAUUGGAACGCGCUGCCGACAAAGAAAAAUAUCAAGAGCUCGCUGAAGAAAAUACGCAACUGCAUCAAUUAACGAAAGCUGUUGCUAGCGAGGCAGCACUAGCUGGAUCUAGUGACUCCGAAGAGCCAGUGCACAAUGAUAACAGACUGUCCGAACAAUUGACGAGCAACGCUCAGACACGAGCAUUAAAAUUAGAACUGGAAAAUCGACGUUUAAAUACUUUAAUCGAUUCAUUGAAAGAAAGUUCAUUCCAUGAAAAUUCUUCUCGCGUUUUGGAGCUGGAGAAGGAGAAAAAGAAACUCUCCUUGAAGAUUGAAUCAUUGAAUGAUAACAAAGAAAGGCUCGUACAACAAAACACUGACUUGGAAUUAGUCUGCAAGCAGGCAUUGGAAGAAAACAAGAAACUUCAGAAUACUCUUAAAAAUCAACGAACCUCUUUUGAGAAGCAGCAACAGGAAGUUCAAACCCACCAUGUAAAAAUGAUGGAAAUGGAAAAAAAUUACGAUACCGCAGUGAAAGAGAAACAACGUGUUCAGCUAUUAUUGGAGAGCGUGCAACGACGCGCCGACGAUUUAGAGCGCACUCUGGAAACGACAAAUCAAAAGGUCGAGGAAUUGAAGCUCAUCGAAAACAAUAUCAACGAUAUUAACUCAAAGUGCCUCGAUCUCGAAACAAGACUAGUGGCGACAGAGAAAGAGAAAGAUGCCGCACAACGAGAUAUUCACAAAUGUAGAGAAACAAUUGAAGAGAAAGAUGUAGCCUUGGAUAAAGCGACAAAUACAAUUGAAGUCUUCGAGAGGAAAGUAGUACAACUUGAGCAGGAGAGGCAGGAUUGUGUUACGCAGAUAUCGAGGUUGCAGGAGAUUGAGCGAUCUAGUAAAGAGCUGGACUCACGAGCUGCAAUUGACAGAGAAACUUUAGAGAUACUCCAAACUAAUCUCGUCGCAGAAAAGCUAAGUAAUCAGCAGUUGUACACGGUUUUGGAGAAACUCGGCCUUAGCGAUAAUAUAUUGCUAUCUCAACCUCUGGAGACUAUAUUGGAAAGAAUUGCCCAAAUACCAGAAGUGAUCAAUCUCAUUAAAAAAUCUUUCGUAUCCGAGAACAGUGAGGAAGCGACGUCCGAGUCCACAGUUUGCACCGACAAGGAAAGCGAUGUUAAUAGGACUUUAGAGACCAUGAUAGAACCUUUAAAGAGAGAACUGGAACACUUGCAAAUAAAGGCAUCCAUGUCUGAAACAGCAAUGGAGCACUUAUUGUCCGAGAAUGCGAAACUCGAGGUCCACAUAACAACGUUACAGUCACAAAGCAAUUCGUUAACGGCACAGCAUACCGCACUGCAAUUGGCCAAUUCGCAACUUGUCGCGGAAAAAGAAGAGCUUUUGAAAGAACGUAGUACACAGCAGAACAUAUAUUCCGCGCUACUUCACGAUCAAAAUACCUUGCAAUCCUUGCAUGAACAACUAAACAAUGAGUAUGAAAACCUACGUCGCGAACGGGACGCUCUUAAAUCGAAUUUAAGAGACGUGAAGAAUGAAAUCAGAACGUUGCGCGAGAAUUGUGAGAGAUUAGAGGCGAGAAGUGAAACGCUGCAAUCUGAACGGGAAGCCCUGAUUAAUAACACGAAAAGCUUAAAUAAUUUGCGAGGAGAACAUUCCAAGCUGAAGGAUGACUUCAGAAACUUGUAUACCGCGAGUGAAAGAUUGAAAGCAGAAUAUAGAAAUUUGCAAGAUGAUUAUAGGAAGAAUAAAAUCGAGAUGAACCGUCUGAGCUUAAAGCUGACGGAAAUGCAGGGCGAACUUGGUGUCAAAGACGAACAAUCCUCGGACCUGAAGUUAGAAGUCAAUAGCCUUCGUGAACGAUGCGAUAGGCUGCUAGAGAUGAACUCUGGGUUGGAUAACGACAGGCGUUCCUUAAUGGAACACAUAAGUUUAUUAUUUACACAAUACCACGAACUUUUAACGCAUUCGCUUCAAGAUAAGGAGCACUAUCACAUGGAAGAGAAAAUGUUCGCGGAUAAAGUUAAUCAUUUGUACAGACAAAAAGAAAAGUUGGAAGACAAGAUUAUGGAGCACUACAGAAAAUUGGACAGCUGCACCACCAAGAAGAAAGGUUUUGGUGCCAGUUUAGUCCGUAGAGUCAGAAAAGCCGGGUCCGAGCUCCUCAAUAAGAAUCGACGUUCAUGGGCCGAGGAUUCCAAGCAGUCGGACAGUAAAAUAUACGAGUCUGACACAGGCGGGAACGAUUCAGAUGCGAGCACCGAUGACUAUCGUUUACCCGGACCGAGCAGAGUUUUUGGAUCGGACGCGCUUGGGCAUGCUGGAACUAGAAGAACGGUAUACUACACUGAUGAUUCCCCACCCUCGUCCGCUUCUUUACCCGAAAUCUUUGAAACGCAGACAGACAGACUGCUGAGCGAGUCUUUCCAGGAACAAGGAGACAACGUGCACGCCGCGCAGAUGGAGACGAAACCUGAAACGCAAGUCGAGUCACGCCCCUUUUUGAUUUACAAUAAAGUAUCGGCAGUCAUAAACGAGUCGAAAAACAUUGGUAAUAGUUCGAUGAAGGAUGCAGCGCCAGAUGAGGCGCUCACAGAACCCUCCGCUGAAAAAGAGCCAAAGACUGGUUCGAUAUGGUACGAGUAUGGUUGUGUAUAAACUUCCACAUCCCCGAUGCUUCCAUUAGUAUGUCCGAAAGCAACAAGAGGAAGAGUGAAGAAAGAAAAGAACGUGUUCUUAUAUGUAUAUUCUCAUAAUUUACAUACGCUUUCUGAAAAGCAUAUGUAUAAGCAUCCCGCCGUCGUUUUUUGAUGCAUAUUUUCCUGUUAGUACAUUAAUCGCGCUAUUUUGUAACUUUAUAACCGGCGAAAACUAACGCAUUACGAGUACUUGUUCAAAAGAAAUCGCAGAACCAUUACAGAAAGUAUUAUAUAUACUAAAGAUUUAUAUUUUGUAGCUUUAGUAAACGAACUACCGUAGUAGUCGACGCAUCGCUCCCGAAAUUACAAAGUAGCCUUAAGAAUAGAGCGCCUACGAGUUCCUAAAAAGCUGUUUGUGUUAAGAUAAGUCGAACAGUAUUUUUAUCGUCGACUCGUUUUGAGAAUCUAUCGUGUGCGACGUGUUCUUUUUAUCUCGUGUACUAUUAAUCCAAAUCUUCGCAGAUAAGAUUUCGAUAAUAAAUUUUAUUCUAUUCGCGAAUAGAUGUGAUUCAUAACUAAUUUAUAAAUGAAGCUCCAGUAAUCACGAAAACAUGAGAUAGAUUGAAGUAAUUAUAAUGUGCUUAACUUUAUUUAACCGGUUUUCUACAUAUUUGCGUGUAUGAUACAUACUCGUCGAAGUUCCCCGUUAUGUAUUAUUCACAGCUGCCCAAGCCACCUACCUACUUGACGCGUAGAAUUCUUUCGUUUAUAUUCUUCAGAAUGUAAGAUAUAAUUGUUCUCUUUGUAGACACCAAGACUAAUAUAGGCAGGAUACACUAUAUUGACAAGAGCUUAUGCUGACAAUAGCGGCAUAAGCAUGCAUUUGCUUUUGCAGUUACACCGAUUACCUCUUUAUCGCUCGACUUAUCGCAUGUAAGCUAAUAUAAUAGACGAUUUUCUACAUUUUGAUAACUUAUACUUUUAUAACGAUUGUGUAUGUGUUAAGUAUAGAUAUAGUGUCUGUACAUCUUCUGUGUCUUAAAGUUUUGUCGAGCCGAGAUCGUGCACAGGAACAUAAUUGAGUACUUAAUAAUUCAGUAUGGAAUAACGUCUUUUAUCAUGUUCUUGCUAUUCCCGAGCACUGCCUUUCUAACGUUGUCUUCCUGCAGAACGAGAUCAUUGCGAUCGGCGCGUGAUACAAUUUGUAAUUACAAUUCCGUUACAGCAUUGUGUAUUAAAUAAAAAGAAGCACUUAAAGUGAUACAA